AUGGCGACCGCGGAACCCGGUGGGCACGCGGCGCGGGCCUCGGUCCCCGGGCCUCCUCUCGGCGGGGCCACUGACCCGGCGGUGGGGGCUGCCGGUCCGCUCUCCAGGCGAAGCGGCAGCGGAGCCCCCCGGCCAGGAGAGCGGGCCCCGGCAGCUGUGGAGAAGCGGGGGCCGUACAUGCUGACGCGCGCGCCCUCCCUUCAGGCCAAGCUGCAGAAGCACCGGGACCUGGCCAGGGCCGUCCUGCGGAGGAAAGGCAUGCUGGGGGCCCCCCUGCACCGCCCCGAAUCUUCAGGGAAAAGGUCAGUGAAGUUUAACAAGGGCUAUACUGCUCUUAGCCAGAGUCCAGAUGAAAACCUGGUGUCCCUCGACUCUGAUAGUGAUGGGGAGCUGGAAUCCAGAUACUCCUCCGGGUAUUCCUCUGCAGAGCAGGUGAAUCAGGAUGUCAGCCGGCAGCUGCUCCAGGAUGGGUAUCACCUGGAUGAGACUCCAGAUGAUGAGGACUUGGACCUCAUUCCCCCCAAGCCCAUAAACUCAACGUGCUCCUGCUGCUGGUGCUGUCUUGGGGACUCUUCCUCCUGUACCCUCCAGUAGACAUCACCCCCUAAAUGGGCCCUGCUUGCUUUGCCUGCAGAGCCCUGUUGGCCCGGGAGUAGCAAGAGUGUGGCAAGACCUGCUGGCAGCCCCAGAAUCACUGGAGGCACUGACCUGCUGGGCAGGUCACUGACCCCAGAUACCCUGUACCUGGUGCUUUUCAGGCCAGAGGCCUCCCUCUGAAUCAUAGGGUGACAGAUGGGAUGCUGCCCUUUUCUUCUGCUGUCGGCAGUUGGAGAGAUCACUUUAAUAGGGGCAGAAGCAGGGAUUCUUAUGGUGAGGGACAAAACUGGCUAAGAAAUAAUCUUGGCUGGUAUUUGUUGUCCUGCCCUAGAGGGAAAAGGAGAGUUACUGUGCCCAGGCUGUGCUGGUGUCAUAGGGAGGCAGAACAUAGCAGUUUAUGGCUUCUAGCUAAGAAUCUUUGAAAAAGAAUUAUUUGGGACCAGUUCAAGAAAUUCUAUACACUGUCUUCCUCUUGCUAGCUCCAUGAUGGGUCACUUGUUUGACCUUCAAGAGAUGGUAACGCAAGACCCUUUGGCCCUCUUCUGGCUGUAACUGACUAUGGCUAGAGCACGGCAUGUUGCUGGAUGGCACUUCCAGAAUCCCUGGGCCUGGGCUGGCCCAACUUUCUGGGUGGGUCAAAGGACUCUGGGUAGCCUAUCCCUAGAGGUCUGCUCCGCUGUGGAUAUAUUUAUUUAUUUGCCAUUUCUCGGCCACCAUUCUUCACCUUGGUCUUAGCGAGUCCCUCCACACUGUCUUUAAAAGCUAAAUAGUUGGGUGAAGGGACCGAAGCUCCCCAAGACCUGCAGUUCUUGUGGUGACCAGCAGAGGGAGAGGCAGGGCGUAACCAGGGGAUUUCCUAUUUCUUUAGCUUUUUAAACUUGAGAAGUAGCAGUGGGUGAGUGGUACACUGGGGCAGCCCUGCUGCUCUCUUCAGAGGACACUGACAGGAUGGGGAGGAGGAGCCUGAAGACAGCAGACACGGCACCAUGUCCCAUGACCUCGGUGGCACAGCAUUCUUGCUCUGCCUGCCCUCUCUAGAAUUUAGCUUUUCAUUGUUUUGUUUUGCCUCAUGUAGAACCAUGCCGUGGAGACCACAUGAGAAUGGACCGGGCUCCUAGCCUAAUGGGCAUAAUAGUCAGGAUUCGGGAACGUGCCCAGUUUAAUGUCCUAUGACUGUGGAGACAUACGAGGAAUACGUGGACUCUUCUUGCUCUACCCCGUUAAGUCAGAAUUUUAGAUAAGAGGCCUUGUCAUUUGGCAGGUGACUAAGUCAUCCAUCUUGGUGCUUUUCUCGAAUCGUAAAGCGGAGAGGGAUAUAUGGUGUCCGGGAGGCCAUGGCUAACCUUUAUUGUACAAGCUGGCAGCACCACAGGAGGAGGGAGAUGGGACUAACCAGAGGCACCUUAUCUUGGUUCUGCAGAGUCGGGGAUGUGGAUGGUUAUUCUCUGCUGGAAAGGGCUCUGCAACUCCUCACGGUGCUGAGCAUUCCAAACACUUUGUGUGAGUGCCCACAUGGGGCCAGAGCAUCUCUGUCCUGAACCCCUCCCACCUGGGGGCUGUAUCAGGCCUUUGUUUCUGUGGAGGUGGAGAAGUACACUCAAACACAGGGCUUGGAUAUACAACAGGGUAGGGACAGACUGGUGGUAGCGGAGGCCAGAAAGCUUUUGAAGCCAAGUGGGGGCCACAUUUCUGUGGAGAAGUUAAUUAGAACAGAGUAGCCUAAGCACUUGGCAGCUUUUUGGUGUGAGGGUGACAGCAGGAUACAAAGACCAAGCCCCUCUGGGCAGUCACUGCUGUGAAUCCACCCUGGUGUUUCUGGUUGCAGCUGUCCCUGCAGGGCAUGUGCCGGAGCUGGCUGACUGUGGGUGGUCUUACCUUUGUAGAAAAAGCUACAGAGACCUGUAACUAGGGACAGCGUACAGUGAGGCAGGGCAGAAAUGACCAGCGGUUUGGGGCCAGAGGCCAAAAUGCCACCAAUAAAGGCACCAAGGUGCCCAGUGCCUUAAUCAUAGUCCCUGGCUUCUGCAGGUGGCAGUGCCCUGGGCAGAGAGGGUGUAUUUGGCUUAGCUCGCAGAUGGGAGUGGCACCCUAUGGUAUUUAGAGCAUGCCACAGAACUCUUGGCUUAUGCUUCUACACUCUGUAAGUUUAUAAAAAUAAAUACAAAUAUGCAAGUUGAGCCGUCUCUGUGUUACAAUAGGAUUUUUAAGAAAAGUCUAGAUUGUAGUCAUUUCCCUUCUGAAUUCUGAAAUGAAAUGCCUAGUGGUCCUAACUGAUUGUUCCUCCUAGCACCUCCCUUUCUGCUGUUCUGCAGGGCAUCAUUUUCAGGCCUGUUCAAGUGAAGACCAUGGAUAAAAUAGGCUCCGCACUUCUAUUUAGAAUGGGUUCCCUUUAGCAGGCCUAUCUUCCAGGUGAAGAAAAUGUGGAGGCCAAAAAAUGCAGAACACAUUGGCCAGAACUUUUUGGAAGGCAGUUUCCUGGAAUUCUGUUGUACAGGGAGCCUAGUGUGGACAUUAGCUCAGAAAGAUGCUUUUGUGUGAGUCUAGAUCCUUAUCCCACAGGAAGGCAUCGAUAGCCUGGGUCUCUGCUUAGUCUGGGAUGGCAGGAUCCCAAAUUGCUAGUAAGAAACCUCAGUGGCAAAACAGCUGUUAAGCCUCCUGCAGAGGUGUGUUCCGCUUCUAGACGACAGGCACCAGCAGGGUAGAUGCCCUCCUAUGUGCCUCCUGCCAGUUUGGUAAAAGCAGAAAUGUUUUCCUUCACAGUGGGGACCCAAGUGUCCCUUCCCUGUGGAUAAAGGGACUCUAGAAGUGGUUCACAAGCUGCGGUGUAAAGGGCUAGAGUCCAUACUUUCGGCUUUUCAGGCCAUACAUCCCAGCAUAUUUUAAAUUCGCCCUUGUAGCUUGAAAGCCAUGGAUAGUGUGUAAAUGAAUGGAUGUGGCCAGAUCUAGCCUGCUGACCCCUGCCCUAGGACCAGCUCAAACUGGAGGGAAGAAUCGUGCACUUACAGUGCACAUUUUUAGCCCCACCUUCCUCUGUCUCCAGGGCCGGAGGGCCCAAGGCCUGCCUGCUAGCUUUGCAUCUGAGAGCAAUCCCACACUUUCCUAUGAAAGGGCUCUGGGUCCAGCCUGCCCACCCUAGGGACCUGUUUGAUGCAGGAAUGAAGCAAAAAUGGACAUCCUUUCAGCCUCUUCUGGAACUGGAAUGCAAAAGGCUGAGGCUUUUUACCUCACAGCCUGAACACACCGACAGACUUAAUCUUUAAUUGCUUUGACAGAGAAAAGGGUGAUGAUGUCCGCAUUAGUCCACACACCGAACCUCCCUGCUUUGCCGCCGAGUAAACAGGCAGUCCCAGGGCCAGUACCCUGUUCUUAGAAAUGAAUAACCUAGCCGCUUGAUGUAUUUAAUGCCGAGCUAUCACAGAUGUCACCAGCCUGCCUAGUGCUGGAGGCUGGAACAGAGCUGCUGCCUCCUGCAGCACAGGAGCCUGGCUCAGCUGUGGCAGGGAGAGGUGUGACUGAAAAGGAGUGUUAGCCCUUUUUGCUCAUGUGGGCCCUCCGCCCAGAAAUAAGAUGGUUUUGUCUAGGUGAGCUCAGGAGGUGUACCGUCAAGCUUGUUCCUAUACCCCAUCUCUUCUAGGAUGUACCCAAAGAGUCCAGAGCAGUGAAGGUGUUUGGGCUGGGCCAAGAUUUCAGGUGCCUGGCAGAGGACAGUGGAGGCUGAGUCCUCUACAGCAGACAGCAGGCACGGAACAUGAGCAGGUCCUCGGGCAUGGCGAGCUGCAGUGAGACCAUCUCUUUGGCACCAAUGAAGAGCACCCCACCACGCUUCAGGGGGAUUGCCGCUUGAGCUGUGGGAGUGCUCGCUGUCACUGUCCCCUGCACCAGCAAGAGGAUGCUGGCAGAGUCCAGUGCCAAGACCUUGUAUUCAGUGGCAGAGCCAGGGACCUGGACAGAAAGGAAUAAUUGGAUAGUACAGCUCAGACUCUGCCUGUCAGUUGCAAAGGGGUCAAGACAACCCAAAGGCUGUGAGAGGGCGCAUUCCAGCAUUCCGUACCGCCGUCCCACUGCCCGGUCCUUGUCAGCAUGGCAGGAGCAGGCCCCUCCCUUACAGGGUGAGCGUCACAGAAAGGAAUCCCAACCCCAGGCAUACUCUACACUGCGACCCUUGCCAGGGUUCUUCCUGCCACAAGACACCCACCGUGGCCCCUCACUCACCUCCAUCUUCAUGACAGUGAAGUCUGGCACAGGGGGGUCAUAGACAAAGAGGUAGGGGUCUUCCUGACUCCGUGCUGGAGGAAAGAGCCUGUCCUUGCUGGGGCCAGGAGUAUAGCUGAGCAUUUCACACAGCGUCGGCACGUCAAUGAACUUGGGAGUCAGGCCAGCACGCACCGUGUUGUCUGAGCACGCCAUGCACUCCACACAGUCUGGGGGCAAAUGGUGGUAAUAGGUGAAGAUGAUGGAGGCCUUGGAGUUCAGCUGUUGAGAACUGGGCCUCCCAACCUGAGCCCCAUGAACCCCCUGCAGAGCUGGGGGAAAUGUGAACUGCAUUCUGUGGGGGACUGGGCAAAGAGCAGAUAGCAAAGACUGGUACUGGUCAUCUGCUAUUGUCAGGAGGAGUCAGGUUAACCCCCAGGGGAGCCCCAACUUCCCCGGACUGCCUAUUCUACCACAGAAUCCUGUCCGUGAGCAGAUAAGCAGCCAACAAUCAAAAUGUGUGUCCUGUGGCGGCGUGUUUAGUGUAGGGAUCUCUGGCUAGUUAGGACAGACAAGGCAGUGUGAUGCAGGGGAGCAGCAGCCUAAUCCAGUAGAGCCUGGGUGCAAAUUGUGCUCCCCACACUUACAGACAGGGCUCAGCCUCAGUGCGCCAGGACUUCCCAGGGCUGGUGUGAAGCCUCAGCGGUGUCCAACCCACGCUGCCAUUCGCAUCCCUGCUCUCCCCAGCAACCCUGGGAGGUCAGAGCUGAAGGGUCCUUAGAGAAGGUCUCGACCACUCUCUUUCCCCCCGUCCCAUGGGGAAACAAGGCCCGGGGGGCUGGGGGGUUUAACUGCUGAAAUGCAGCUCACCUCCUUUCAGGUAGGCGUGGGGCACGUUGGCCUCCAGAAACAUGGCCUCCCCUGGCUUCAGGCUAAGCAGGUUCAGGAAGUAGAUGGCAAAGCACCCGAUAUCACCUGGAUACUGCUGGUGCAGCUGCAGCAAGAGCUCCCCAUAGACAUCCUCCAUGUUGUUUCUGGCAGCCACUGAGGGUCACAGAACACCCGAGGGCACUUAGAAACAGUGGUGUUCACAGCCCCAUCCUGGUCAGGGAGGCAUGCAGAAGGAGUCCAGGAAGCGGUGGGACUGUCCUAGCCACACCCCCAGCUCAGGGGUGGCCAGCCUUCCUGGAAACGCAGGUGCCAUCUCCCCAUCCCGAUCACCUCGGUGCCCAUUGCAGCACCAGACACGAGAGAGGGCUUCUGCAGUGUUUCUCAACCUCAGCACUCCUGGACACUCCCCAGGAGACCUCGCUAGCACCCCCAACCCAGGUUUGACAACCAAAAAUAUCUCCAGACAAUUGCCAGUGUCCCUGGCUAAGAACCAGUGAUCUAGCAGCUCAAGAUGUAAUUAGGGGGGCCUCCCUGGUGGCACAAGGGCUUAAGAUGCAACCUAUAAAGCUAUCUGCAGCCAUUGCAGCAUGAGUUCAAUCCCUAGCCAGGGAGCUACCCACAUGGCACAGCAGACUUCUCCUGACUUGCUGGCUGCUCCCCUCAGCAGUGCAUUUCAGUCAUUCCUCCUGUUCCAUCUCUGGUGAAUCCUCUCACCUCCUGCACCUCUGGCCUGUACCCCAGUUCUUGUAUACAUAAAUAAAUACAUCUUAAAAAAAAAGAUGUAAUUAGGGAGCUAAUCCAGAGUUCCAUGUAGGGUGUCUAACUGUUCCAGUUAGCCCAGCCUUUCCCUUUAGUAGCUCUGAAAGUACUGUGUCUCAGAAGAUCUCUCAGUCCCAGGCUUACAGGGAUGGCUGUUCACCCCAGAUAGUAUGAGGCAGAAUGCACCAAAAUGUGUCCUGAAGACUGACCAGGAGAAGGAGCUCAGCUGGGCUAGCGUGGGGAGGAAAGGCUUGUUGGAAGUGGGGGCAAGGAAGGGAGGCAUGAGCUGAGUCCUCUUGAGUUUGCAGAGGAGGCGGGACCAGGUUUGUAAACAAAAUGAGACAUCAGCUGGUCUGGAUUGCAGGGCUGCCCUCCAGAGGCUGAAUGCUGAAAGCUCAAAGAGCCAGGUUCCAGGCUGGGGAGGCCCGGCUUUAAAGGUGCGUGUGUGAUGCUACGGAGUCAGAGCUACACAUGAUAUACAACCAGAUGUGACGGGAGCUCCCAGCAGUAGUCAGUUCUGCUGUGAAGAAGGAGAGGCAUGCAAGCAGAGAAAACACCAAAACAAAGAAAACACAGGGUACCCUUGAGUAAAAUAAAUAGCCCCUUGGGGCUCAAAGGAAGAAAUGUAUAGAGAAAGCAGCAGGACAACAGGCAGUCACCUGUAGAAGGGGCUGGGCCUGAUGACGGGCCACAUCAGCUCAUGGCUGAGAGUCACUGCUGGGAUUGACUUCCCAGCCCAAAGGUGACAUGACCACGCCCAUCGCAGUCCUGUCCAGAGGUCUUAGCACAGGGUUGGGCACGUAGCAGGGAGCUCUGGGCAUCAGGCUUUUGGAGAAGAGGAUCCCCUCCCUGCUCUCUAGCCCCCAAGUGCAAAUUCAUCCAUUGGAGCCACCAUGGGGCUGGGGAAGUCUCAGGAAGCUCGGGUGAAAGACAUCCUGAAGCUUCUAGGCCAGUCUGCCUCCCACCAAGCAGAGAAGACAGCUGGUUAGGAAGCAGCCUUCAACCUAGAGCCCUGCUCCAGAGACUGGGAAAGAAGCAUGAAGUCACUGACAGGCCACCUAAGUUGGGCUCAAGUGGAACCUGAGCAAAGGGGUGGAGAACCCUGUCCCCACAGCCUAUGUCUGUUCUGGGGGCCCAGAACACAGCCCUGCACGCCACCUAUAUCACACCCACCUUCCUGGGAGAUCCGCUUCACCAGCAUGUUGAGCUGCUGCACUACCACCUUCUUCUCACUCUUCAUUAGGUGGGAGAAACAGUUUUGCAGAGCAGAGGCCACGGCCUGGGAGUCACGGCUCAUGCUCUGCUUCAGCUGUGUUGCCGCAUUUUCUCCAAUCAGGAACUGUAACUCGGGCACCUCUGCAGGAAGGCCAGGCCCGUAUCAGGAAUGGCAAAGUGGCAUCCCCUGAGGUGGGGAGCUGGAGGAAACCUCCCAUGCCAUCCCUAACCAAGGAGCCAGGCAAUACCAUGCAAACUUUGCAGUCAAAAUCGACCACUCACCACCAGCCCUUGGCAACCAAUCACACCUGAGCCUGGUCUCACAGGCCUGCCCAGAGGCUCCAGAAUUCCUGAGGUCCACCAGCCCCUCAGUUCCUGGGACUUUCGGCCUUGGCUCUCUGCUCCUGUUCAGCUGUGCCCUGGGUCCCCAUGUAGCCCAGGCCCAAUGCGCAUGCUCUCAGCAUUUUGCCCAACCUUACUCGUCAGAAAGGUCACAAUCUCCUCAACUGGCCGGAAGCCACAUAAGCCCUGGAAGGAGGUGAGGGCAAUGGCCAUCUCUGGCUUAUGAUUGGCAUCAGGGUAGUGCUGUGGAGCUUGGAGGUGCAGCUUCUCUGCCAGCUCCUAUAGGGUGGCCAGGGGAAGAGGAAGAGAGUCUUGGUACAGCCAUCACCAAGCAGGACACCAGUCCCACCUUGCCCUCGCUUUUUGCCCUGCCCAGUUGCCAAACAGCCAAACAAUAGGUUCCUGCAUCUGGCAACAAGCCCAGUCAAAACAAAGACUCUGAAACUCAGUCUUUCAGCUGAUAGGGAAGGGACAGGGGCCAAAUCUGGGUGUUAGCUGGGUAGACUUCAGGACUGUGAAUCAGAGACUCUAAAUACCAAGCCAGCCUCUGACAUUAAGCUAUGUGACUGUGGGCAAAUCCCUCUCUUCUCUGGGUCUUAACCUACCCAUCUAGAAAAGAGUUUGGAUAGACCAGUGUGUGGCUGUGACUCAGUGCCUUGUGCACAAAGACUCUUGGGAUAGAGCCAGGUACCUGCUCUGCCCUGGAAGGUGAACUCUCCCAGAGACAGGUGGGGAAAUGGCAGAUAUGAAUAGUCCUGGACUGGGAGAGGAGAGCCUAGGCUCAAGCUCCCAGGAACCAGCUUGGGGAAGCUCCCCUGGCACAGGCUGGUCAGCUAUCCACUCAGACAUAGCUGCCAGCAUGCGUCACCAGCAUCUGGCCUCGUGGAGCUAAAUUGGGAGUUGUCAGGCCUGAAUUUAGCUUUGGGCUGGAACCUGGCAUGGAUUGGGGUAAAAGCAGCAGUAAAAAUUGUGGGAGGGCCUUGACAUAAGCUCUUCUCUUCUCUUCCCUGGUGUCUGGGCCCCACUCUGAUUCUGUACCUUAUUGGGGUGUGCCUGGAUGGACAGGGCUGUUUCAACUGAGAGCACUUUGAAGAGGAAGGGCAGCUUGCCAUUAAAGGUGUCCUUGACCUUUGAGCCUAAGCAGUCCUGGUUUUCAUCAAUCCACUGGCCUAGGGUUUUCUGGGAGAUGCGGUUGUCAAGGAUCUUGGCAUCUCCCCGGGGGUGGGUUCCCAUCCACAGCUGAAAAAACAGGAAACUUGGGAGAGAAGAAUCUGCACAAGCAGUUGGCCUGCCCCCAAGACAGGGUCUAAACACUGCCAUUUAGACAUAGAAGGAGGUAGUGGCCCCAGACAAUGUGGAGCCAUGUCCUGGUUCUCCUCUAACUAGUUGUGGAAUCUUGGGCCAGUUAUAUUCUGUCUCAAGGAUUCAAUUUCCCUAAUGAGAAUCCAGCUUGCUCUGUGAUUUGAGAGCUGCGACUCUCAAAUGGCUGCAGGAGAGAUUAAUAUCCACUUAACAGUUUCAGAAAUAGAGGCUUUUUUUGGCUUUACUAGAUAGGCAGAAGGAACAAAUGGCAUAGUUAUUUAAAAUGUGAAAGUAAACUGUUUUAAUUAUCAAAGAGGGCUAAACUAGAAUUCAGCAAAUGCCGAUAGUUCUUGGGGGGUAGGAAGGUAGGAGAAAUCCCAAGCUCUAAUGACAACACCCCUCUUCUUGUGGGGCCACUGUCUGGGGCCAUCAGCAGGCCUCCUCCUAUCCCAGCUGACCCUAUGACUUGCUCCCCUGAGUGGAGGAGUCCUUAGGUCUCACCAGCUGGUAAGGUGGGUUGAAAAAAGCCCGGGUCUCACCUCUGCAUAGGGCUUGUCUUCUGAGAUCCGGACCUGUGGGUCGCUGCUGGCCAGCAGACGUGCCACCUCGCUGCUGGAACCCUUCUUCCCCCAGCCAUACUGCUGCACCGCAGGGGCAAGUGGGAACACUGGGGGCACAGACAGAGCAUCAUUUUCCACCCACUCCUCGGGCCUGACGCUCCUGUGCCGGGGAGCCCAGCCAUGAAUUGCUCCGGGGCAGAGUCAAAGGAGCUUGUGGGGUGUCGGUUGCGCCCCUUCUCUGCUGGUCUCGGUGUCCCCAUCUGCAGCGCGGCAGCC